CUCUCUCCCGAGCAAUUCUUCGAGGCCAGCCAAUAUCCUGCGCUCCAGUGUUAAACAACGCAACUAAUUCCUCUAAUUCGACCUAGAGAUCACAUUCUGGUAUUUUUUUUUCCAGCAUCGGCCUUGCCGGGCUCUCGCCAGAGCCAUUAUGGGGAAAUACAACUUGACCGCACUGCGGGUGCGACAGAUGGCUCUGCGGCAAAGAGCAAGCAAAAAGAUAGGUAUCCUGCCUAGCUGGGCGGAUGUCGUAGGCGAUAUUCCUCCUACUCAAACUGUCGUUCGCCAACAGCCCAUUCAACACCAAUACUUGCGUCAGCGGGUCAGGACGAUACCAGGAACUUCUCGCACCGAAAUCGUCCACGAACCAAUCUCCCACAAACAAUCAAAAUCAAAUAAAAAGCCUAGCAAGAUUUUCUUACCAGUGGAAAUCAAGUACGAAGAAGAUCAGUUACGUAAAGAGUUCUUCCGCGAUCACCCAUGGGAGUUGGCAAGACCUCGAAUUUUGGUGGAAAAGACAGGGAAAGACUUUGAAAACUGGGAUUGGAGUCGAUUACAACAGCCGGGCAAAAGGCUUGAUGGUGAAAGUGUGGUACAGCGACAACUAUGGCUUCUCAACAACGUGCCGGACAUGACCAAGGCCGCGGCAUACGAUAUCGCUCGUCGAGAAUUUUAUCGGCUUCGUCUUAAACAGGAGAUCGAACAGCGAGUAGCAGCGGAGGAAGCCGAGGCGACAGGCGCAAUCUUCGGCCCUCGCAUGUUGGAAGUCAGCAUGAAACUGGAAGACAAAGUGUACGAAAAUUGGAAGACGUGGGCAAAGGCAGAAGCUCAAGUGCUUGAUCAAAAGCAGGCUGCAUUUGUGGGUGCACCAGAAGCCGUUCUUCCCGCAGACGAUGACAGCAACACGCUUUCACCUGCCGAGCCUGGGUCUGAAGCAGAUCAAUAGUCUACAAAGGUGUAUUUUUCUGUAUGCAUUUGUGGGUAUUCUGACAUGUACUAUAAAUGAAAUCAUUAUUUUCUCGUUCGUGGAUAUUAUGAGAGUGUCUGCCCCGGGUUGGUCUGCAGGGUUGUUACAUUUACUUCCUCUUUGCAGCUCGAGCUAUUCGCACAGUUUAGAAGUGAGCUUAGUGGUACAGAUGUCCUUGACCGUCCAAAUAGCGGCUCCUAAGAAAGUGAUACGUAUACGCAUUGAUAUUAAUUAAUUAAUUAGAAC